AUGUCGACAGCUUCUGAAAGAGUUGUGCCGAUUGGUGUCGACAUUGGCGGCACUUUGGCGAAAUUGGUGAUAUUUUGUCCGGAUGAUGCGAGUUUGAAUUCCGACGGACUCUCAGAACAACUUUGUCGAAUGGUUUUGGAUAACGAAACUUACAAGAAGACCGGCGUAAGAGAUUCUGGGCUUCGAUUGGAUAAGACGGCGGAGUUCGAAUCGAUGUUGGGAUCUUUCGCCAAAAGGAGUCAGAGUAAUUCUGGAACCAGCGUAGGCCCUGAGGUCAUUUCGGCAACAGGCGGAGGUGCGUUCAAGUUUGAAGAGUCCAUCAGGGUGCAGUUGCGACGUCGGUUGCGGAAAAUGGACGAGUUGAGUGCAGUGGUGCGUGGGAUCAGUGCAUUGGAAAGUCUGUACCCGGACGAGGUUUAUUGCUUGGAUCAACGGCUUUUCGGAUUGUUGCAAGAACCCGUGUUGGAGGACACGUGUCUCGAGAAUGGGAAGAUCAGGUUUCAUUUGGCGCAAUCUUAUCCAUAUUUGGUGGUUAAUGUGGGGUCUGGUGUGAGCAUAUUGUGCUGCCAAGGAGCAGAUCGAUUCGAAAGAGUCAGCGGAAGCAGUUUGGGAGGUGGAACAUUCCUUGGUCUCUGUGCCUUGCUGACCGACUGCAACACAUUUGAAGAAGCGCUCAAAUUGGCCUCGCAAGGGGACAACACAAAAGUCGACAAACUUGUUCGUGAUAUUUAUGGUGGAGAUUAUGAAAGGUAA